AAUUCGGAAGGAAGGAAGGAUAGAGAGAGAGAAACCUAACCUAAAAUUGUUGUAAAGGAGUGAGCACGUGUAGUACUUGCGAUGGAUAUUAUUCAAGCAAUAUUAGAAGACAAAAAAGUAGAAUCUGAUCCAAAUAAAUCUACUAAAGUCCACAAAGAUGUGGAUCUCGAUAUUGAUGUGGGAACUCUACUUGCGUCUGAUUACAAUAAUUUGGACAUAAAAACUCUUAGGUCAAAUCCAAAUUCGUAUUUAAAAAACUUGACGAGAGAUAAUGUGCAAUUGCUGAUCAAUAAAAUCUGGGAGCUUCCAGUAGAAAGAGUGGAUGAGGCUAUAGUAGCUAAAUUGCCUAAACCUGAGUAUGUAUUACCACGUUCGCGUGCCAUCCCGAAGCCCAAAUUAUUAACAAAAUGGCAGCAAUUUGCUAAGGAGAAGGGAAUACAGACUAAGAAGAAGGGUAGGUCUAAGUUGAAAUGGGAUGAAGAAUUGAAGAAAUGGGUUCCUACAUAUGGUUAUAAACGAGCAAAGACUCAGGAACAGAAAGAAUGGUUGAUAGAAGCCAAACAGGAUGCUAAUCCAAAUGAUGAUCCAUUUGCCAAGGCUAAAGAAGCUAAGCAGGAGAAGCAGUCGAAAAAUGAAUUGCAGAGACUUCGUAACAUAGCUAGGUCUAAAAACAUAAAAUUACCAAAAGUUGGUCUUCCUACUAGAGAAUACUUCCCAGACUCGCAACAUCUCUCUGAAGCUCUGACUGUAGCACGCAUGUCGACAGCGUCUGUGGGAAAAUUCCAGCCUAGACUACCAAAAGAGAAAGAUGCAAAAGGAGUUGCUAAGGAGGUACCAGGAAUGAAAAGAAAACUGAAAGCACCUCCAUUGAGUGCUGUUGAUGAAAAACGUCAAAACAAAGGAUUGAUAGAUAACAUUUUGAAGAGUAAAAUAAAAGUUCUCCGUGAUGAUUAUUUAACAGGCAGUGCAGAAAUAAAGGAAACUACAACGAGUGACAGAAAGAAAAAGAAAGCUGGUAAACCAAAACGCAGUAAAAACGCUAAGAAGCCGAAAGCGGGAAGAGGCAAACGUGAUUUGCAUACGAAAGUUGGUGGCAGGAAACGACGAUAAAUAAAAUAUUUGUAUAAUGUAUCUCUGUAUAUUAAAGGGAAUUAGAUUUAAUUAA